AUGCACUGGCUGAUACUAAUCGUUUGCCUGAUUGGAGCAACGAGUUGUCAUAAUAUUGAUACAAAGGCAGGAGGGCCCCCUCCUCCCCAAGAAAAAAGCAUUGUAGACUGGAUCAACAGUUGGUUAAGCACUUCCACUACCACGUCCAGACCUACCAAUGUGUCUCCGCCAGACGACUGUCCUACAUGCCAGUGUGGUAUCGCUAGAACUCGUAGGCGAAUUGUUGGUGGGUACGAAACUAAGAAGUUGGAAAUACCGUGGAUAGUAGUGCUGAUGUACAAUGGUAGAUUCUAUUGCGGCGGGUCGAUGAUCAACGAUCUGUAUGUGCUCACUGCCGCGCAUUGUACUUCUGGAUUCCGCAAAGAAAAAAUGACAGUAAGGUUUUCGGAACAUGAUCGUUCUGUUGCCAAUGAAACUAAAACAAUUGAUAGAAAAGUUUCCGCCAUUAUUCGUCAUCUGCGGUACGAUCCUAACUCUUACGACAACGACAUCGCCUUAUUGAAGUUAGAUAAGAGGGUAGAUCUUAGUACAGCUCUUAAGAGUGCAUAUGUUGAAGAAGUUGAGGAGGAUAAAGAUACAGGAAUACGACCCGUAUGUCUGCCUGCAGCUGGGGCUUCGUACAGCAACGUUACUGGUUUGGUGGCUGGCUGGGGUACUACCGAAGAGGGUGGUAGUGUCUCUAACACGCUCCAAGAGGUGCGUGUGCCAAUAAUCUCAAACGCAGAUUGUCGCAAGACAGCUUACAAACAGCGCAUAACGGAGAACAUGCUGUGCGCCGGCGAGGAGCAGGGUGGGCGCGACGCGUGCCAAGGGGACUCCGGCGGGCCGCUACACGUACUCAACUCAGACAAGUACCAGAUUGUUGGUGUUGUGUCAUGGGGUGAAGGAUGUGCUCGACCAAACAGGCCAGGAGUUUAUUCCAGAGUCAACCGCUAUCUAACAUGGAUUAAAAGCAAUACUCGGGACGCUUGCUACUGCCAAUAGGAUUACUAAUUAAUAAUUACUAUUUAUAUUUAUUUAUUUUUAUUGAUCAAUACAGUUCUUAAAGAAGUAA